GACAUCGCACCCUCCUUCCUAACUGCUAACAUCGCGCAACCGAAGGCUAUUGUCACAUCUGCUAUUCUCCGCCAUCCUUGCAAGUCUAUUGCUAUUCUCGUAUCCUAAUUACUGGUAAUGCCGCAUUUCACUGGCGUGCGUGAAGCCCCGGAUUCUCUAGCGGACGCCAUACACGAACCAUACGCAGAUAUUUCCCUAUCUUCUGAAGAGCCAGACAUUUUGAUCUCUCCACCACGCUCUCCUAGCAGACUUGAUUUCUUUCAUGAAGAAGGCGGCGCUCUGGGUUACUCUGAAUCAGACGACGCAGAUGCAGAACUACCGAUUUCAAGGGUCAAGUGGGCACGUGGCCUCUUCCGUGGCAGCCCAGCACGCGCGAAGUUCACGGAGGAUGAUGACGAUGCGCCUCUCAUCUAUCUACCAAUCAUUCACCUCCACACGAUUGACCACGGCACCGAUUCCCAGACAGGCCUCAAAGACGAGCCCCCAUGCGUCACAUCCCCACCUCCACUUCAGACAGUCACCGUGGAGCCUUUUUCACCGGAGCCUGUGCGCCAUGCUACGCUUCCACAAGCACCAAAGGUGCAAGGUCCGACUCUUGUAUCACGUAUACACACGCAGCGUCUGAACUACCCUCACCGCGGAUUUUCACGGAGUGCUUUGUUGCAUCAAAAGUCUUUCUGGACAGCACGCCAUGACGAAUGGUUGGAAUGGCAGGCCGAAGAAGUGAAACGGCGGGCAGACCACGAUAUAUGCGCACAAGACCUCGGAAACGCGUACACUGGCAUGACGCCCGCAGACACUCAUAACUCGGAUGUCUCUGGGCCUCCAUCGCACAUCCACGUGCCUCCAUCUGGCUUGGAGCGUGACUAUGAGCGGUAUCCAUCAAAAGACUUUUCCCAGGACCUGAAUGCGCCGAUUUACCCUCGUGUGGGCGAUAUCUCCGCGCUCCGAGAUCCGUACUCUGCCAAUGUCGACCGGUGUUUCUUCAGGUUUCCGCUGUGGACUAUUCACAAGACGCUCUAUGUGUUCGACAUGCAUCAAAGGGCUGUCCCUAUUUCCGAACAAAUGAAAGGUUCUGCGUCCUCAGGAAGUUUGGAGUCGUCGACUGGUUCAACGACAUGCGGUGACGAGGAUGUAACCCUUGUUGCUGAUGAUGAACCAUUUCUCGAGAAAAAAGCGCUUGACAACGGGUCCCAUCAAGGAUGUCUACCGCCUGAAACUCCCGCAAGUUCUCCUGCGUUUACAUGGGAGGCUAUUCGCGCCUGGGAGCUGGGCUGGUACGCUCGCUGGGAGCUACUCAUUGGUCUUGUACAGCGCGACCAAGCCCUCCGGCAGACAGCGCCGCUUUCACCGUCGACAACUCCUUCCGGAUCUGCAGAUGAUGAUGUUUCGCCGCCAAAAGAACUCCUGGAACCGUUCACCCUGGAAGCUCCCUCACCAAUUUUCCACUUUGCUGGCGAAGAUGGAGAGGGGGAUAGUGGAGACGAAGAAGACGAUUAUGGCACCUUGGUUGCGAACCCGAUUUACAACGUCGACGAGACGUUCAAGGAGGGGUAUGCCCGUGCGGUAAACUUUUUCACCAAAGAUCGAGAGUUGGAAAGAAAGCGUCGCUUGCGAACAGUGUCUGGGUAGAAAGUCAAGGAUGGUCGUCCGCGUCGAAGUCAACGCGGAUGGAAACAUUUCACUUUAUAUACAGUUCCCUAGUUUUGUCGUCGUGAGUCAUGCUAUAUACCCUGGUAUCUUGAUGAGUCCCUAGUAGGACAACCUGAAUGAUACA